UUGUGUCGAAAUAUUUAAAUAUUUUAACUUUUCCAAUAUGGCUGGUAAUGAGGCUGGACAUGGUGCUAUUGUCAGAAAUAGAGAUUUGAUUGAUGUGUGGAUAGAAGCACCGAGAGGAAAUAGAAAACAGAUGGUUUAUGAAAAGAUAUUAUCUCUUAUUGAUAUAACAGAUGAACCUUCCAAACAUCUUAAAAGUAAUAUUAUGAAAUGCAGCCAGUUGUUUGGGUUGAAAAUGGCAAAUAAAUGGCAGAAAGUAGGACAAUCUCGGAAUCGACUUUUACAAAAUCAGGUAUAUUGGUUAGACAAGAUUAUAUAUAGAAUAAAUAAUGAUUCUGAAGAAAACACAUCUUCGGAUGAGGAACAAGAACCUCCUUGUCGCUCAGUUGGACGGCCACGGGUGCCAUUUGAAGAGGCAUCGAAGAAAACAAAACGAAGACGUGUAGCCGAACUAACCACAGACAGAUCUGCAAAUGAACUUCAAUUUGUUGUAAAUGUCGUUUCUGGAAGCAAUCACAGUGAGGUCUCGCCACAAAUUUUUAGUUUUAGUACAGCUGAAGCUUUAGCCCUUAUGGUAGAUUUGGAUAUAUCCGUAAGAAAGUAUUUGCUACUUAGGUCUGUUAUUAAUGCAAUGACGCCACUCAGAUUGAUUGAUAUGGAAACGAAUAAGGUAUUGUGGAAAACUGAGAGCCCUUCAUCUACUUUAUAUUGUAGGCCGUUCAAGUUUUUAUUUAAAAAGGAAAAUGCUGAUUUAGUGCGGAAUACGGAAAAGGAAAUAAUAACAAAAAUUGAAAAUUUGAUUCCCAUUGAGAUUAAAACAAAAGAAGGGCACUCUUAUAUAAUUGACGUUGAUAUGAUGUUAACAAUGUUGGACGGCAGUGUUGGAAACGUUCUAUCAGAGACAAAUUCAACUAUGAAGUGCAUCAUUUGCGGAGCCACACCCAAGGACAUGAACACGUUAGCAGGGAUUAAUCGUCCUCCUAACGUAGACAAUUACCGGUUUGGUUUGUCAACUUUACACUGCUGGAUUCGUUUUUUUGAAUGCUUACUCCAUAUUGGAUACCGCCUGCCAAUUACAUCUUGGCAGGUUCGUGGGCCUGAAAACAAAGCUAUAGUCGAAGCAAACAAAAAACGAAUCCAAGCAGAGUUCAGAGCCAAGCUGUCUCUAGUAGUUGACAAACCAAAACCCGGGUAUGGCUCCUCAAAUGAUGGCAAUACGGCCAGAAUUUUUUUCCACAAUCCACAAACAAGUUCAGAUAUCACAGGGGUUGACAGGGAAUCGAGAAAUUUGCGAUCAUCUUAG